AUGUCUGAAUUUAAUAUGAACCAAAAACAACAUAAGCAUUUUGUUUUGCUUCAUGGUGUUUGUGUUGGAGCUUGGUGUUGCUACAAGCUUAAGCCACAAUUAGAACCUAUUAGUCACAAAGUCGCAGCACUUGACCUUGCAGCUUGUGAGUUUUUAGCAUCACUUGAUCCAAAUGAAAAAGUGGUUUUUGUGGGUCAUAGCUUUGGUGGAAUGAGUAUAGCUCUUGCAAUGGAAAAAUUCCCAGAAAAAGUUAGUUAUGAUUUUUUCGGUGUAGUUGGAUUGAUAGUGCUUGAUAUUGAAAGUGAGAAUUGUUAUGCUAGAAUUCAGUUUUAUUUUGAUUUCUACCCUUUUUUGAGGUUUCGAUUUUCUUGGAGUGUAUUGGCUCGGCAGAUUUAUAUAGGAUGCAGCAAGGUCGCUGGUAAGGUGCAUAUUUAUUCUAUAUCGAGAGAUACACUUACAAAACAAACUGUUCUUGAGAAGCACCAAGGUGCAAUUAGCGCAAUCAGAUAUUCUCCGAAACGUUUCCAUGAUAGGUUUGAAGUUGCAGGUGCAAAUUGGUUCAUUGAGUCAAUUUUGGCCAAGUUUUGA